AUGGCGGAAUCAGCAGAAGAUGAUAUUCGUACUUAUGGUGACCAUAAGAUAUCUUAUAAUGUGAUCCUUGAAUCGCCACUAGAUAAUGCACUACUACCAGAAGUCCUAAAAUUAUGGGAAACAAAUCAAAGAUCGACAGAAAAUAUGUCGUGGUUGCAGGUUCUGCCAAGUAAACGACGGACUUACAUGUCUCCUCAAGGGUCUAAAGAAAUUUCAGAAAGGGUUGAAAUUCUUGGAGGAAGCAUGAUCUCUCCGGUUAAUUUCGUGAGGCAUUGGGAAACAGUGGCUUCCGUUGAAUUUCAACAGGAUAAAGCUUUGUUGAUCAUUACAAACUCUGAAAUUAGGAUGGAAAUAAAUAUGUGGUAUAACUUUCUGCACGACUAUAUUAUAGUUGAUUUACAAAACAGUGAAGCAAUUUUCUUUAUCAAUGUGAAGUCAACUCCAAAGUUAUUUCAAAAUACAGGUAUUCAUCCCUAUGAUGCAUCAAAACGAAUACCUGCCAGUAAAUCUGGAUAUGAGAAGUUUGGACAGUUAGACUGUUUUUGCAUAAGGUUUAAGAACAAAAGUGCAAUGGUUUCUAGAAUCAUUUGGUUUAUACAGUAUGUGGAUCUUUCCAUUGUUUAUGCUCAUGUGAAGGUUGGCAAUUCCGAUAAAGAGGUUAAACUAGAUUUUGAAGGGUUUGAUAUAGCAUAUGCUUGGAAAUCACUGUGUUCACAGGGUUUUAAAGUUGUUGACCACCUUACUCAAUCAGUCUUUGAGAAAAUAAUCGGAAUGGGAGUCAGUUCACAGGUGUUUUACAAUAUGGUAGAAAAUAUUGCAGAAAAACCAUUCAUCAAUUUCAUGGAUGAAUUUUCGAAAGCGAUUGAAAUGUCAGAACAUUCUAAUAAGGACGACGUUCCUAUGAAUUAUACAAUGGUUAGGCGAGUAUUGCUAACACCUACGAAGUGCGUUUUCCUCCCAAAAGAGCCAAUACUUCAAAAUGGAAUUGUACGCCAGUACAAUGAAGAUUACUUCUUAAGGCUUGUUUAUCGCGAUGAGGAUUACAAAAAGCUCAGUGCAGUGCAGCCAUAUGGACUAGAAUACAUUUUGGAAGACUUGAAACGAUUUUUCGAAGAAGGUUUAACAAUUCAUGAUCGCCAUUACGAAUUGUUAGGAUGUUCAAACUGUGAACUUCGUAAGCAUAGUUUUUGGUUCUUUAGCUCUCAUGAUGGGAUCAAAGCAGCCUCUAUAAGACAAAAACAUGGCGACUUGUCUGAACAGAGGUUUUUUGCAUCUAACGUGUCGCAGUUUGGACUCUGCUUUUCUGCAUAUUACCACACGUUAGAUGUUAGGAUAGGCAAAGAGGAGGUUCUCUAUGAAAGAGACGUUAAGAGAAGUGGAAUUUGUCUGGUUGAUGGCAUUGGGAAGAUUUCGCCCAAACUAGCUGCCAAGAUAGCAAAAGACAUGAAUUUGAAAUCUGUACCGUCUGCUUUCCAAAUACACUAUGGUGGUUGUAAAGGUGUAGUGACACAAGAUCCAUUACUUGAGCGGGGAGAUGUUCUUUUCAGAGAGAGCCUGAAAAAAAUUCAAUCAAGUUCUACAAGUCUGGAGAUUUUAGAUUUUUCACACCCAGAACGACUUUAUUUGAACCGAAAAAUAAUAACAUUACUUUCUGGACUUGGAAUUCCAGACGAAACAUUCCAGGAUCUCCAAGAGUCGAUGUUGUUUGAAUUGGCCGACAUGCUUCUUUACGACGAUAAAGCUCUGAAAAAUUUAAAGGAGAUAUCCUUGGACAUAAAUUUUCAAAAUUUAUUCGAGAAGGGAAUAAGUUUUGUUCGAGAACCCUUCUUCAGAUCUCUACUUUUAACAAUUUACCACCAUAGACUCGAUGAUUUAAAACAAAGAACAAGGAUUCAGAUAGAUUUAGAUAAAGGUCGUUACAUGAUCGGUACUUCUGAUGAAAGUCAAUCAUUAAAAUAUGGACAAGUAUUUAUUCAAUAUUCAACAGAUCCAUCUGAUUCUGGAAAAGAACUCCAAAUUGUAUUAGGUAAAGUAGUGGUCACAAAAAAUCCGAGUUUUCAUCCAGAAGAUCUCCGGAUAUUUGAAGCUGUAGAUAUUCCUGGCCUCAGGCAUAUGAAAGAUUGUAUUGUUUUUCCACAACGUGGUCCUCGUCCAUAUCGAGAUGAAAUGUCCGGAUCAGAUAUUUAUGGGGAUGAGUAUUUCGUUUCCUGGGAUAAACGGUUUCAUAUACUUAAAAAGAACAAGGUGAAUUCUCAAAAUAAUUCAGAAAAGAAAUUGACCUCGGAUGUUCAAGCAACAGAUAUUGUUGAUUUUUUAGUGAAUUACAUAAAGAAUGAUAACCUAGGAAUCAUAGCAGAAGCCCAUUUAGCGAGGUCUGACAGUGAACAGGAAGGCAUUUUUUCAGAUUGCUGUCUUGAACUAGCGGAAAUGUAUUCUGAAGUUGUAGAUUGUCUUAAAACGGGUAAAAGACCACAAAUCUGCAAAGACGUUCGUCCCCAACAGUAUCCAGAUUUUAUGGUGAAAAGAGAUGAAAUCCAAUAUCACUCUUCCAGAAUUCUUGGAAAACUAUUCCGUCAAUGUCAAUUAUUGCAGCAGAAUAUCUUAAGAGAGAAAACUUCCGAUUUAAUUGUUGACGAAGAUUUGGCAUUGUUACCCACCGAAAAAGAAUGUAUGCAUGCAAUUUUACAAAGAAAUAUUUACAAUGACAAACUUUUGAGGAUUAUGAAUACGUAUGGGUUGAAAGAUGAACCUGCAGCAAUUACUGGUUUGAUACAAGUUCUGAAAUGUGGAAAAGGUUACUUAAAAGACGAGAAGUAUCAGAUUGGGAAGACAGUUCGUGACCAAGUGUCCCUAUUAUUUAGAAGAACAAGGGCUAUUUUCUUUAAGGAGUUUGGUGGAGAAAAAAGCCAUUUUUCACUUGAAUCAGCAAGACUAAUAUUUAGAAAGGCCUCUACUUGGUAUACCGUAACGUACAAAAUGUCUAACCCACGAUUCUUAAGUUUUCCCUGGGUUGUAGCAGAUAUUCUAUGUCUGCUGAAGAACAAUCAGGAACUAAAGAAAGUUUUUGAAGAAAUUGAACGAUCCUUUGAUAGGCGCUGGGAACUUUUGGACAGAGAUCGAACGGAGUCUUUAUAUAGAUUAUACGAUUUACGUCACAAGGUUGAACAAAAUGUUACUCAGGGACUCCAUCUAGAAUGGAUUAAUUUAUCUGGAAAUGGAAUUGUGAUAACUUGUCGAGAGAGUCAUCAGUUUUUGGGGAUUAGAACACAAAAUCCAGAAAUCGGUAACUUAACUUUAAAAUGUCUAAAUAGUUAUGCAACUAGUGUAAAGAGUGGUCCAUUUGAAGGAGAGUUAUGUUAUCAGAUCAAACUGGCUGAAGGUGUAGAUGGAUUUAUAACAUUCAUAGUGAAUGAAAAGAUCCUAACACAAAGCAAAUUAUUGAAUGAGUUUCUUGACAAUUAUACAUGUCUAAAGCAUGUAGCACAUUUUCUCUUUGAGUAUUUAUGGGAACAUAAUUCAACCAAAAUUCCCAUCGACAUCAUUGCAGACAUGCUACCCAUUAUGCUCCUAAAGAGAUCUUUCGCCAACAUAAACAUUUCCAAACCAUUUGUUAGAACGAGAAUUUUAUUUGAUUGCUUAAAAAAUGUCAGACACUAUAUCCAGAGUAUAUGUGCCUCUUCAGAGUUACCAAGAAGUUCACUUCAAUGGCUGAAAAAUACUAAGGAGGAAAUCAUUCAAAAGUGCGAGGUUGGAUACCACGAAAUUGCAUGUCAUUUAGCUGUGAACUCUAUUCGUCGUGAAGAAAACGAUGAGACUGAGACAUAUUUUUCUUGUAUCUUACCCGUUGAGUCUUGGAAGGUUUAUGCCAACACAAUCAUACCAGCAGGAAUCGGUAUUAUCCCCGUCUUAGAAACUGUAGUGAUGAAUGUGUUUCCAAGUCCAAGUAAUAGAAUGGCUACAGCGUCAGACUUAGAGGAAAGCGAUAAACUCGGAGAAAGUAUCAAGUGUGAAGCCGCUGGUAAACUUGGGAAUAAUAAUGACCAGGCUAAGGCAAGCAAUCCAAAAACGGAGGAUAAAAUCCAAAAACGUCCCGAAAAGAAUAGACCAAGGAUAAAAGAUAAAUAUACUGUGAAUAUUUACUACCUACAGAACGCUGAUUGUGCCCAGGAUCUGAUGAGGACAAACGCUCCGACAUAUACAGAUAUAGUGGAUGAAAAGAGAAUAGAUGAAAGACAAGAAUAUUUGUAUGGAGAGUUUGCCCAAUCAUACAAUGCUACAAUUCAUACGAAGGAAGGCAUGAAAAUAAGGCAGUUCGAAUCCUUCUUAUAUAAUCUGUGGUUCUCCAAGAGACCGUCAAAUGAGAUCAACUGUUGGCUAGAGAUCACAAAUAUCAACAUGCGAGCUUACGACUGUAAAUUCUCAUCACUCACAAUUAUAGAAGAUAUCGCAUUUUACGGGGGAGCAAUGCUAUCGCCGGUACUGUUUUCAAAACACUGGGUAAAAAGUGGAAGCAACAAAGUUGUAUUUGAAAAUGAUAAACAGCUUAUGUCCAUUCAGAGCAAUGUGCCUCCAGGAGUUAUGUACACAGUUAUAGAGAUUCCGUACAGUGCCAUGUAUGAUAAAAUUAUUGUGCACUUAAAAAGCCACUCUACACUAAUACUUAUCAAUGUUAAAUCAAAUCCUAAGCUUUUUGAAAGAAAAUUGAUAAAAAGUAUAAGAACAGAAGAAAUUAGAAUCGUGAGUUUUGAGGGAGCAAGGCAUGAAGAGUUUGGCAAAUCAAGCAGCUUUUGUAUCGAGUGGCCUGAAAAUGUACUAGACACCACAAAUGACGACUCAAAAUGCCCAAAAGGAUGGCAAGUGAUCUCCAGACUUAAACGCCUUGGGUUUGUUGUGGUAUAUGCUAAUGUGACAAUAAUGUCUUGUCCAUCACGAGCUUUGAAUUUUUCCUUUGACGACUUUGACAGGGAAUACGCUUGGAGGUGCCUUUUGUCCCAUGGAUUUAAAGUGACUGACCACCUAGAUGAAAAGAAUAUGCUACUUUUAAGGCGUUCAUUGCAAUUGCUGACUCCUGAGAUACUGCAUCGUUUGGCAGCGUUUGCAAGUGAGUGGCCUUUCAUUCACCUUGCGCAUUUGAUUUCUACUCAGAUGAGUAAAGACAAACCGCUUAAAGACGAAAUAGAAGAAUUACCACCUGGUUAUUCAACGAUAAGGAGAAUGGUAUUGACACCGACAAAACACGUGUUUUAUCCAAAAGAACCCAUUUUUCAAAAUCGUAUUAUUCGGCAAUAUGAUGAGGAGUAUUUUAUAAGAAUUGUUUUCCGUGAUGAAGAUUACGAAAGAGUAAAUGCUAUUCAGCCAGCCGCCCUUGAUUCAGUAAUAGACGCCAUGAAACAGUUUUUGCGAGAAGGAUUUCGAAUCCUCGAUCGUCACUAUGAGUUUUUAGGAUGUUCAAACAGUCAACUUCGGGAACAUGGAUUCUGGUUCUUUUGUCCAAACAAAGGUAUCACUGCACAGAAAAUUCGGGAUCAAAGUGGGGAUAUAUCAACAGAACGAUGUGUGGCAUCAUAUGUAUCACGCUUUGGACUCUGUUUUUCUGCUUCUCGUGAUACGGUGGUUGUUGGCGUGAAUCCUGGGGAAGUGCUGUACGAAGAUGACAUCGAAAGGAAUGGGCACUGCUUUUCUGAUGGUAUUGGCAAGCUAUCACCUUUUCUUGCAGAACAAGUUACAGAUGCGCUUAAAUUAAAAGUUACUCCAUCUGCAUUUCAAAUUCGAUUUGGGGGAUGUAAAGGAGUUGUUUCACAGGAUCCAUCUCUAAGUAAAGAAAAUAGUGUUCUUGUCAUCCGAGAGAGCAUGAACAAGUUCACUUCAGAGUCAAAAACACUCGAGAUUUUGGAAGUGACAAAUCCAGGCAGACUACAUCUCAACAGACAAGUAAUUACUCUUCUGUCCGGACUAGGUGUCCCAGAUAAAGUUUUCUUGUCAUUGCAAGAAGAAAUGCUUUUUAGUUUGGCAGAUAUGAUGAUCUAUGACAAAGAAGCACUAAAAGCUCUCUCGGGGUUAUCAAUUGAAAUCAAGUUCAAGAAUCUUCAAAAAAGAGGAAUUGUGUUUAUCAAAGAACCAUUCUUUCGAUCUAUGUUAAUAACUAUAUAUAAGAGUAAAAUUCGUGAUUUGAUGAGGCGUGCACGAAUACAGCUACCUCUUGAAAAAGGACGUAUAAUGAUGGGUACACUUGAUGACACUGGAACAUUAGAAUAUGGGCAAGUGUUUAUCCAGUAUUCAAAUGUUCCUGGAAAGCAACAAAAAGAGGCUGUUGUCCACACAGGAACAGUAAUAGUAACCAAAAACCCAUGUUUUCAUCCCGGGGAUCUUCGAAAAUAUGAAGCCAUUGAUGUCCCAGCCUUACAACAUAUGUUUGAUUGCAUUGUAUUCCCACAGAAAGGUCACCGACCACAUCCUGAUGAAAUGUCUGGAUCUGAUCUUGACGGGGAUAUGUAUUUCGUGAGUUGGGACGAUCGAUUUUGCGAUUUCAUUUCAAAUCAAGAACCAAUGGACUUUGAGAAAGCUAAAAAAAUCAAGCUAUCUCAUGAUGUCAUGGUUGAUGAUAUGAUAGAUUUUGUGGGCGAUUAUAUUAAAAAUGACAAUCUUGGCAUUAUUGCCAAUGCACAUGUCGUUCAUGCAGAUAAAAAAAACAUUUUCACUGAAGCCUGCAAGCAGCUUGCUCAAAUGCAUUCUGAGGCCGUUGAUUUCCCCAAAACAGGAAUACAAGCAAAGUUGACGCGGGAAUUGAAAGUAGAACAAUAUCCAGAUUUUAUGCAAAAGGCAGAUAAACCACAGUAUAUGUCAAAUAAGAUUCUAGGAAAGCUGUUUCGUCAAUGUCGAGCACUCGAACAAGCACAAACAAGAAGGCAACAUCGUCAAAAAAUCAUAAAAUCUGUGAGGGCUGAUGGCGAUUUGAUUUUAGAUGGAUGGCAGAAAUAUGAGGAAGAUGCAGUUGUGACGAGAAACAACUACAACAUGAAGCUGAGACAACUAUUAACUUUAUAUGGUAUAGAAAAUGAAACCGAAGCUAUUUCUGGUAUCAUAAGGAGGCUCAAUCCUCAAAAGGGAUGUCUGAACAAUGAAAAAUAUGAGAUAGGUCAGAUUGUAAAAGCGAAAAUGUCCGUUGUGAUCAGGAAAACAAGGGAACAAUUUUUUCAGGAUUUUGGAGGCGAAGCAAAUGUUGAUUUUGAAGACAUAGGAAAAGAAAUUUUACUGAAAGCUUCAGCAUGGUAUUAUGUAACAUACCGUGAGAGUUCAGAAAAUCCUGAACCUUUGUUAAGCUUUCCUUGGGUAAUUGCAGAUGUGAUAGCAUUGGCAAAAGACGAUACUUAUCAGAAAAGACAAGAAUCCAUAAAGGAAGACAUGACAGAAGACGACAACGUUAAGGACAACUUAUUUGAUAUAGGAUCCUCCAUUGUCCGUCGAUUUUUCUAUACAAAGAAUCAAAGGCAAAUAACGCUGGACAAUUUGAAACGUGUUGGAAAAAUUGUAGAAGACAUUUUUGUUCCUUUUAAGGGGAUGUCGUGUAUCCCUGUGGGAACAUCUUUAGUAGGACUGAUGGGUUUGGAGGAAAAAACACUUGAUUUUUAUGUUAAUACGAGGCAAAACAAAAAUAUUACUCUUGAAUGGAUACGAAACACGAUGCACACAGCUGGCUUUUCAAUUGCUGAUCGUGGUUGGCGCCCAAAAUACAGAAUCAAUCUUGAUGGCAUAGAAUAUUUCAUUAGGUUUUUAACUGAUGUAAACGUUUUACGAAAAUCGAUAUUUCUCAAAAAUGUAGUUGAACAAAACAAGGAGAUUGUUUCUGUCAUUUCUUUCCUUUUAGACUGGGGGAGGAGAACCUCAGUUAUUUCUACACACAAUUUCGAUGAAAUUACAUUUGCAAUGAUAGUCGCUGGAAGUUUUUCGCAAAUGAAGGAUCUUCCAAAGGAUAUGCAAGUGUCAUACCCUAAAAGUGUUGAAAAAAAUGUUAUCCGAACAGACACUAUAUACAUUGUGGAUAUGGGUGACAUUUCUGCUAGCAAAACCAAAAGUUUGGCAAAUAUUGUUUUACAGUUUUUCAAAGACUAUAGGGCUGUAAUUGCUGACCAGCUUAAGGAGGGGAAAAUUCAUUUUAUUUUAGAUCCAUCCCAUAAAAAUGGAAAGAAAAACCUCCUGAAACACCGUUUAAGUCAAAGUAGCACAACAGCAUUACUAAAUGAAAUGAUCUGCGGUUAUCAAGAAAUUGCACAGAGGAAUAGUAUCGAUUCCUUUUUCAAAGAUGUUGAACUUAAUGAUGACCACCUUGUGCUAAAUCUUCCGCUCGAUACAUGGGAUUCACUUUUGUUUGCUGAAGCAUAUAUUGAAAGGCGACUUUCUGAGACAACAGGUGCAGUAGUAAGAAUCCGAAGAACAAAUUUCAGAGAAACAAAAGGAAUUAUUUUGGAAGCUUGGGGAAGCUCAGAGCAACUGUGGACUGUCAACAAGUCAUUACAGGAGCUUGGCGAAAAAUCUUCAAAGUUUGUUACUUCAUUUGGAAGAGAUAAAGCAUUCAUUGAAGGAGCUUACGUAAUUUUUUUUGAAGGUUGUAGAUCGACGACUGAUAGUUUGCAUUUUCAGCCAUACAGUGGACCAAUUCAAGAACACCACAAAAAUCGCGGGCCCACGCAUCUUCCAUGCCUAAGGGAUGUUGUUCGAAAGGUUAGCCCAUCAUUAGAGCAUGUUGACAAUAAUAAUUUAGACUGUCAAGAAUUUCAACACACCUUUUUGAAGCAAGUAUAUGUCGUCAAAGAAAACUACGACUCUACCUAUCAUGGUGCUUUGCGUUUUGCAAUAACUUUUGGUAAAAUUUACGUGGUUAACGUUCUUGCAACUCAGUUGUCAAUAAAGAACUUACAAGAUACACUGCACCAAGAAAAUUUCAUCGACAGGAAAAUAUUUCAUUUUUCAGACCAGAUGGGGCCUGGAGGGAAGGGGCAACGAAGAUCGAAUCAUACUAAUCUUGGGUACAAUUUUUCAUUAAGACGAAAAAUUAGCAGUUCAUUUAUCCCAUCUGAUUGUAAUCCACAGAAGGUUAACGAGUUUCUUGAAGAAAUUGGAUUCAAAAUGGAUGGGAAAGAAAACAAAUAUCAUGUCAGUCUACACACAGGCGAAGCGGAUUUCGGUAAGCCGCAUACCGGCCUAUGUGUUUUAGAUCGAGAUAUGCGUUUCAUGCAGUUUCGUCUCGCAGAUCUAAAGUGGUUCGCUGGUGAUAUUAUCAGAUUAAAGUCUAGUGAUGAUGUUGACAGUACUAUGAUUUUAGAUGUUCGAUGUAAGCUACAGUCAAGACGAAUACUUGACAUAGAAUCAAUACGACAAAUGGAUGACAUUAAAGGACUUCUUGAUGAAAAUUGUCGAUUGAUGGAAAAAGAAGAUGACAAUCUUCGUGUUUCGCCUGAUUUCAAAGACAGGGUAACAUUUGUUCGUGAACAGCAAGUAAACUCAUACUCUUAUGUUGAUUCUUUGGACGAAGAGAGUGUCUGGCACAAUAUGAAAAUAUAUGUGGCAACAGUUAAAGAAUAUUCCGGAUAUAACAGCAUCAUAGGAACGUUUUCUGACAAAGUUUGUCGAACAGAGGUAACGAUGGUUCCUAAGUUGCCCGACAUUACUUCCAGUGAUGAUGACUUAAAGACCUAUGCAAAAAGAACUUGGAAUCUUGCUUUAUAUCUUGGUAAAAGAUUUGCUUAAAAAUAACUGAUUAAUGGGUAAUUCCAAUGUCUACUGUGCUUUUUUGCACUUGAUUUUACAUUCUGAACUAUUU